CUGACGACUGCUGCUGCUGCUGCUGCUGCUGCUGAGAGCCGUUUUAAUCGGCAUGGAGAAAGUUUUGAGCCGGACUCUGAAUCUCACCGGAGACACAACAUGACGGGCUUCACUCACUGAAAACCAGAGCUCUCAAACACUUCUUUGAUUCCCCCCAUCGACGUUAAAGACAGGAUGACUUUCUCUGCGCUUUUCAUUCUGUUCACUGUUGGAGUGGGUCAGCCUGUGGUCACAGGACACGGGGACGUCUACACGAACCACUGGGCGGUGCGGAUCACAGGUGGCCCGGAGCAGGCGGACAGAAUCGCAGCGAAGUAUGGAUAUUUAAACCUGGGCCAGAUAGGAAGUCUGGAGGAUCAUUACCAUUUCCACCACAGCAGAGUGGUUCGCAGAUCUGUGUAUUCUUUGAAGGGCCCCCACAGCUUCAUCCAUAUGGACCCCGAGGUGGACUGGGCCCAGCAGCAGGUAGUAAAACCCAGAGUUAAGAGGUACAUCCAAAGUGACCCAAACUUCAUUCAUUUCAAUGACCCAAAAUGGUCCAACAUGUGGUACAUUCACUGCAAUGACAAGAGCAGCCGCUGUCACUCAGAGAUGAACAUACUCUCAGCCUGGCAGAGGGGCUACACCGGCAAAAACGUGGUGGUCACCAUUUUGGAUGAUGGCAUUGAGAGGAACCAUCCUGAUCUGGCUCAGAACUAUGACCAUCUAGCAAGUUACGAUGUCAAUGGGAAUGACCACGACCCUACGCCACGUUAUGACUCCCGCAAUGAAAACAUACAUGGAACUCGGUGUGCAGGUGAAGUUGCAGCAGUGGCCAAUAACUCCCACUGCAUUGUUGGAAUUGCCUAUAAUGCUCACAUUGGAGGGGUUCGAAUGCUGGAUGGUGAUGUGACUGAUAUAGUAGAGGCCAAAUCCCUGGGAAUCCGACCUGACUACAUCGACAUCUACAGUGCCAGCUGGGGGCCAAAAGAUGAUGGCAAGACAGUGGACGGUCCAGGGCCACUAACCAAGCAGGCUUUUGAGCAAGGCAUCAAGAAGGGUCGCAAAGGUUUGGGAUCCAUUUUUGUCUGGGCAUCAGGUAACGGCGGUCGGCAGGGGGAUCACUGUUCGUGUGAUGGUUACACCAGCAGUAUCUACACCAUCUCCAUCUCCAGCACCACAGAGAAUGGAAACAAGCCAUGGUACUUGGAGGCCUGCAGCGCCAUCAUAGCCACGACCUACAGCAGCGGAGAGUUUAAUGAGAGAAAGAUUGUGACCACUGACCUCCGGCAGCGCUGCACUGAUGGUCAUACUGGAACUUCUGUCUCUGCUCCCAUUGUGGCUGGAAUCAUAGCUCUCGCCCUGGAGGCCAACCUUUUGCUGACAUGGAGGGAUGUACAACAUCUUCUGGUGAGGACAUCUAGACCUGUCCACCUGAAAGCUGAUGACUGGAAGACCAAUGCUGCCGGACACAGAGUCAGCCACUUGUAUGGGUUUGGCCUGGUGGAUGCAGAGGCCAUGGUGCUGGAGGCCACGAAGUGGAGGACUGUUUCUCCUCAGCACACUUGCAGUCAGAUGGCCGAGCGACGCAGCAGGUACAUCCAUGCUGUGCAAAGCCUGAAUAGCAGCAUCACCACCUCUGGGUGCUCAGAAGAACCUGAGCAGCUGGUGGAUUACCUGGAGCAUGUGGUGGUCAAGGUUCUGAUUGUCCACCCGCGACGAGGAGACCUGGAGAUCAACCUCAUCUCUCCAUCUGGAACAAGGUCACAGCUGCUGGCCAAGAGGUUGUUCGACAGUUCCAGCAAGGGCUUCAGGAACUGGGAGUUUAUGACAGUUCAUUUUUGGGGGGAGAGGGCAGAGGGCACAUGGACUCUGGAGAUUAUCGACUCACCAUCAAAGCCACGCAACCCUGAAGUGCUGGGCAACCUAAAAGAGUGGACACUGAUCCUUUAUGGCACGUCUCAAAACCCUUACCAGCCCUACAGAGCUCAGCACUCCCGUUCAAGGAUGUUGGAGAUCCCAGCCACAGAGGAGGUCCUGGAGGAUCCAGAGCUUGAGGAAGAGGAGGAGGAGGAGGAGUACAAUGGACCAUGCCACAGUGAGUGUGGUGACCAGGGCUGUGAUGGACCAGAUGCUGACCAUUGCCUCAACUGUGUCCACUUCAGCUCAGGCAGUUUGAAAAGUGGCAGAACCUGUGUGAGCCACUGUCCUCUGGGACACUAUGAGGACAUAGCGUCUCGUCGCUGUAGACGCUGCCAUAAAGGCUGUGAGAGAUGUGUUGGCCAAUCAGCCGGAGACUGUCUGUCCUGUCGAAGAGGUCUUUACCUCAACACCCUCAACUCUACCUGCAGUGAUACCUGCCCCACAGGUUACUUUGCUGAUGAAAAUGAGAGACAAUGUCUGAAGUGUCACGACACCUGUACAAGAUGCCUGAGGUAUGCCGAUAGAUGCGAUGCUUGCAGUGAAGGCUACAGUUUGGCAGGGAUGACUUGUGUUCCCGAAUGCACCAAUGGAACCUUUUUCCAUCUGGAAGAGAUGACGUGCAGCCCCUGCCAUUCCUCUUGCAGGACUUGUACAGGACCAGGUAAGGAGGAGUGUAUCCUUUGUGCUGAGGGCUACCUGCAGCAGGAGUGGAGGUGUGUGCAGACCUGUUCUCCUGGAUUCUACCCUGGAGAGGCAGCAGGAAUCCCUCAUAAGAUGUGUCAUAGGUGUGAGGAAAACUGUCUGAGCUGCAGUGGCCCCGGGACAACUUGCACCAAAUGCAAAGACGAUUAUAGUCUGGUCAGCAGGACUUGUAUAGUGAAUGCAUCAUGUAGUAAUGCUGAUGAGGUGUUCUGUGACAUGGUCAGGUCCAACCGUCUGUGUGAGAAGAAGCUUUACCGUCAGUUCUGCUGCCGAACCUGUCUGAUGAACGGAUGAGGAGACAACCCCCCCCCCCUCACUCUGAGUCAGUCAGUCAGUGUUAAACACCGGCUGAAGUCUUAUCAUUUGGUUAAAUCUAAGUUAGUUACUAUCAUCUAUAAAGGACUAAAAUGACUUUUAACUUGUGCUAUUCAACAUAAUGUAACAGGGCAUUAAACUUUUUAUGAUUGAUAUCUCACUUUGGAAUGAGGCUCAUCGGUUGUGUGAUUUUCAAAGAUCUUUUUUCUGGGCACUGUUAUAAACUGUAGUAUGUGGAAUAUGUACAAAUAGUCCAUCAUGUAUUGUAGUGAACAUGUACAAAACUGACCUCAAAUAUAGGGAGGAAUGGAGCUGGUUCAAUACACAGUAGCUUAUUUUAUUCAUCAGGAGAGACUCGAUUGACAGAGAAGCUCAGAGCAUAAUUAUAUUUAUUUACCACAGAGUGAAGAAUAGGAAGAGUUGGAAACAUGUCAAAGGACCCAAUGUCAUGUCAUUAUUUAUAGGGGUAGUCAUUCCAUGAGCUGUACAGGAGCAUCCCUCGAUGGAAUCUUAGAGACUGGUGGUGGAAG